GGAAGUCUUCAAGGCUCGAGACAAAAAAACAAAAAAUGUGGUUGCCAUGAAAAAGGUUCUCAUGGAGAAUGAAAAAGAAGGGUUCCCCAUCACAGCCCUGAGAGAGAUCAAAAUUCUGCAAGUGCUGAAGAAUGAUAACAUCGUCAAUUUACUGGAGAUUUGCAGAGCAAAACCGGCGCCGUACAACCGUUACAAAUCCACGGUGUACCUGGUGUUUGAGUUCUGCGAGCACGACCUGGCCGGACUCCUAAGCAACCCGCAGGUCAAGUUCAGCCUGGCCGAGAUCAAGAAGGUGAUGCAGCAGUUGCUCAACGGACUCUACUACAUACACAGCAACAAGAUCCUGCAUCGUGACAUGAAGGCUGCCAACAUUCUCAUCACUAAAACCGGGAGGCUGAAGCUUGCUGACUUUGGUCUCGCUAGAGCUUUCAGCGACAAACUCAACCGCUACACCAACCGCGUGGUGACCUUGUGGUACCGGCCGCCGGAGCUCCUGCUGGGCGAGCGCAACUAUGGGCCGGCCAUUGACCUGUGGGGCGGCGGCUGCAUCAUGGCGGAGAUGUGGACACGCAGCCCCAUUAUGCAGGGCAACACCGAGCAGCACCAGCUUACCCUGAUCAGCCAGCUGUGCGGGGCUAUCGCUCCAGAGGUCUGGCCGGGUGUGGAGAAACUCGACCUCUUCACCAAGAUCGAACUGCCCAAGGGAGACAAGCGCAAGGUCAAAGAACGCCUGCACAAGUUCGUCAAGGACCAGUACGCCCUCGACCUCCUGGACAAGCUGCUGACCCUCGACCCCUCCAAGCGGGUCAACUCGGACGACGCCCUCAACCACGACUUCUUCUGGGUGGACCCGCUGCCCCAGGACCUGAACAACAUGCUGUCGCGGCACAACAAGUCCAUGUUUGAGUAUCUGGCCCCGCCCCGGCGGAGAGUGCCCAUACACCAGCAGCCCCAGCAUCCGGGCGCCGUCAGACCCACGGGGCACAACCCCGACCAACACUUUGAACCUAUUUUUUAAAAGCGGGAUUCCCUCAGGGUGUGUUUGUGUGUAAUCUCUUUGUGCUUUUUUUAAUGCCAGACGCACGCACAUUUGCACGCCUUUGUGGUUCUUCCUGAAGUAUUCGGUGUUGUGAUGAGCCCUGCCUGUUUUUUCAAACAGCUUAGAACAAGUGUGCGGCAUAGGGAGGGAAGGAGGAGUCUACUCAUAUUUGACCCGCGCUUGUGGUUGGGAGCUCUUCUUCAUCGUGGACAGAUUCUUCGCGUUGGUGAUCGUGUUCUACUGACACGUUUCAAUCUUCUGUGGAAUUUUCCGUCAACCGUUGGAUUUUUGGCAGAAGUGGCAGCAGCCAGACCUUUGGUGGUUCGAAGUGAUGACUGUCAGAUGUGAGUGCACGAUGCAGGGGCUAGAUUUGUUCACCCGCAACUGUCUUGGUAUUCGGCUCGACCAUUCUUAGUUCCAGCCGCUCCAGCUUUUGUGGGUGGAUUGGUUUAGCUCUUUGACAUCACACUAAAAAUUCAUGGAAUUGAUUCCCUUGUGGAGAUGGGUUGUUUUUUGGGGGUUAUUUUUAAAGCUUUCUGUCACUAUCUCCCAACUUGAAUUCACGGCGUUGGUUGGGGUGACUAGCCGUGUGGAGAACAAGGGCGUUCAUUUGGCUUAUUUCGAACUGGAACAUUUUUUUUCCACCACUUUUUUUUAUUUACCGUCGCUCAAAAUUUCCAUAAUAGGUGAUAUUCUGGUCAGCAACAUCACAGCCGUUUAUGUCGUGGUUGUAGUGGUCGAAAACUGUUGGUUGUCCUGUUGUCAGGAGACGGGCCAACUCAUCAGAUCCUGAAACACAAAAUCCAGAAACAAAUGUAAAAGAAAUUGAUAAGACAAUAACAGGUGUUACUGCAAGAUUUACGGCACCACACACUCUCAGACGAGGAUGACCCCCCGGGGCGGUGCCACUGACUGAAGUGUCUUUAGGCCCUUCCCAACCAAUCAUUCAAAUCAUCAUCUGAGUCUAAACCUUGAGUAAAAAGGUCCCUUGCUUGCUCAGACGUGAAUUGUCAUGGCGAUCGACUGUCCGCCAUGUCUACCAAAAAAGUAGAUCACAACAGGUUGUCUAGAAAACGUGUGGAAAUGAGCUAAAAUGUGCAGAAAUGCAUCUUUAUUCGCACUGAAAUUCGAGCCAAGUGAAUGAACUUCUGGUAAAAGAGACCUAUUUUCGGUAAUUGCCGAAAAUUAAUGUAAUGUCAUUCUCGUCGUAAAUGAAUGAGAGCGGCUCGCUGGAGAUAAAAAGUUAAAAUACUCCCAAAUGAAAUAUUAAAUGGUAUAUCAAACUGCAAACUCAGCGUUUAAAGUAUAAACACAGCUAGAUUUCGGUACAGUCAAUGAGAAUGUUGCACAAGGCUUACAUCUACAGCUUUUGUGUGAAAAUAUGUAGAAAUGAAAAUUGUAUCUUUUUUUUUUUUACUGUUUUCACACUUAUUCUAAAAUAAUGGCAAUAUCCAAAAGAAAAAAAUUAUGUUUCUUAUGAAUGUAAACUGUCCUGAAAAAAGCUUCUUCAGGUUCCAGCAUUCAACAUGUAUAUCUAUACAUUCAAAAUGAAUGAAACUUUUAUCUUAGUGUUUAAUACAAAAUGAAAGCUGUCACUCUAUGUUUACAUGUAUCAGGAGCGAUUUUUCUCCCUCGUAUCCACUCUUUGUCUAUUCAGUGACACAAAAAAAUUCUUGUACAUUUUUGUACAUGAUUAACAAAGGAAGAACAUUCUGGCAGAGCAUAUGAGCGUGUAUAGUUUUUGGUGCUAUUUUUGCCCUCUUAUACCACAAGGUGUCAAGGGGAGAUGUAAUAUUGUUGUCUUAUUGGAUGCAGAAAUGGUCUGUCACUGUGACCUGAGCAGACAGUAACCUGUUUUUUUUUUUAGUAUCCCCCACCCAGUCCGCUGCACACAACACAGUUCCUGUCCCAGUGAAAUGCGCAUGAAUGCUUGAAUUGAUGAGGGAAGAAAUGAGGGUUGGGAAAUGGAGAUAGAUCAAGAGAGGAGAGGGGGUGGGGGGUAGAUCAGAGAUGUUCAGCACAAGUACAUGUAUUAUCAUAAAACAAAUGCCAUAGUCCUUUAAAAAAAAAAAAUCAGUUUUUAGUCGUUGGUAUAGUAAAAAUGCCAGUUACUUGCUCAUAUAUGUUCACUAUAGCAAAGUUCUAUUUUGUGGGGGUUUUUUUUUUACUUUUCACAAGACGCCAAAAAGUGAAUUGGGCAAGUCAGUUAGGACUAAAAGUAGUAUCACAGUUUCUGCUUGUGUUGACAAUGAACUGUAUUGUAAGGGAUGAUUUCACGACAUGUAUAAUAAUCCCUCACUUAUGCAGUUGCGAGCGCCGUAAAACCCCUACUAUAAAAAUAGAUAAAAAUAAUCCGUCAUCAUAGACGACGGUUCGACGGGGUUAAUCCCUCAUCAUAGACGAUGGUUAAUCCCUCAUCAUAGACGAUGGUUAAUCCCUCAUUAUAGAUGAUGGUUAAUCCCUCUUUAUAGAUGAUGGUUCAUCCCUCAUUAUAGACGACGGUUAAUCCCUCAUUAUAGACGAUGGUUAAUCCCUCAUUUUAGACAACAGUUGUGAAGUGUGGCUCCGAGUCCGAGGGGAAUAAUGGCAGUGUUGGAUCUGGGUCCAGUUUAAAAAGUCUUUCAUCUUGUUGUACAUACUGUCAAGAUAUAUAGAUCUAUCUUUUAUUGUUUUAUUUUUGCACUUUCUGAUUGUGUUUGAUUGAUGUUGUCAAAAUAGUUACAUUUGUACACCGUUUCAAUAAAGCGGUGUUAAAAAAAAAAAAAAUAAAGAUUAAA